UGCAACAACUAAAUUGCAUGUGAUCAGAUUCGACGAAAUUGAAGGUUCCAUGCAAUGUUACACCUAAGUGAGUAAAUUAUUUAGUUUUUUGUAAAAAUAUUAAGAUUACGCUGACAAUCCCUUCUUCACGCUAUGCGUAGCGGACUUUCGUUUUUGUUUAGCUACGCUCGUAGCGCUACGCCGUAGCAGAAAGUAUGAUGUUUCUCCCGUCAGUCACGUCUCAGGUCACGGCGAAGCGUGGUCACCAUUAUGGCGCUCGAACCGGAAGCCAUUAAUGACACUUUUAAGGAUAAUUUAAUAUCUUUUUUUAUAUUUUAUCUCCGACACUUAGAGACUUAUACAUCUCUAAAGAAUUUUAGUAUUUUAUGGUUUUAUUUUAUUUAUCAUAGUUUUUUUGUGUAAUUUGACAUUUAGAGACAGUAUACAUCAUUAAUAAAGUAUUUAUUAUUUCAUCGAUUCGAUAUUUGUAAUUGUUUUUUUUUUUUUUAAUUUUUAUUGUUUGUAAAAAUGGACAUGUAAAAGUGCCCCUGUGGCCUAUUUGUUGAAUAAAUGAUUGAUAUUUGAUAUUUGAUAUUUAAGAGCUCAUAUCAAAAAUGUAUCUCAUCAUACUCAGCAUCAUAUCAAAAAUAAAUUCAGAUCAAACUCAUAAUUAGUUAUAACCACAAGAAUAUUUCUCUUAAUACGAGUAUUUAGUGAGCCAAAGUGCCAUUAUACGCAUAACAACAAUGAGGCAGUUUUUGAUUAAACAAAUAGUCAAUGUCGUGAUUAACGCUUAAAGGGUUUAUAGGUAGUGCAGAGAAUCCAAUCAAUUCUGAUUAAAAACAAACAUGAAAAAUUGUGUAAAGUAAGCAAGCAACCAGGGACGCUAUUGUUAACACGAGUGAACGCAAAUACUUUCAAUUUUAAUGUUUGAGUUAGUAUUUUAAAAUCAAAAAUAUUUUCGAACAAGUGAGUUUUACACAAACACAUUUUAUACCCGAUAAAAGUUAGGUCAGAGGCAGAUCCGCUACGAAAACAACAAAUGAAAACCGAACUGAUUGCACAAUUUGCAAAGUUGUUCCUCGCGGGUCUUUUACUCCCGUUACACGCCAUGUAUUCAUUCUAGAUAUGCAAGCGUCAAAAGUUUGGUGUAGUUUCAAACGCGAAUGGCGCAACGGGCGCCGCCCGCGGCAGUAGACUGUUAGGCGUCGACGGGAACACCCACCAGUUGAGCUCUAAGUUCAAGUUCGGCAAAUUCAAAUUUAGAAUCCCGAACGCGCAAAAACUACAGUUUGUUUUUUUUUUCGUGUGAGUGUUUUGUGCCAGGAUUAAAAGUGAUUAUUCUAACUUUGGGUGAAGUUUGCUGUGCGACGGAUUAUUUUCAGAUAUGUGAGGCCCGUCCAAAAUGGCGGCGCUACGCAUCGCUUGGCGCACCCAACUGCAGCGGUUCCUCAUGAAGGUGGACACGAAGACCUGAGCCGACAGAAGAUGGAGUUCGCCUCUUUGUUACCCACCAAUGUAGUAUUUGAGUUCAAUGAGACGGCGACGGUGGAGUACAGCGAUGGAGAGGACCCGGACGCCGUCACUCUGCUGUCCGUCCUCCUCGUCGGCAUAUUCCUCUCCCUGCUUAUAUUCCUGAGCGUGGCAGGCAACAUCCUAGUAUGCAUCGCCAUCUACACAGACCGAGGGUUGAGGCGCAUCGGCAACUUGUUCCUGGCUUCACUAGCCAUCGCAGAUAUGCUGGUCGCCGCUGCCGUUAUGACGUUCGCAGGAGUCAACGAUUUAUUGGGUUACUGGGUAUUCGGUGAGCAGUUCUGCGAUACGUGGGUCGCGUGUGACGUCAUGUGUUCCACCGCCUCCAUUCUCAACCUGUGUGCCAUCUCUCUGGACCGAUACAUCCACAUCAAGGACCCUCUAAGAUACGGUCGUUGGGUGACUCGCCGCGUGGCCGUAGCGACCAUCGCCACGAUCUGGCUGCUAGCCGGCCUCGUCAGCUUCCUGCCGAUCUCGCUCGGCCUCCACCGGCCUCACGAGGAGGCCACGGCCACGCAGAGGCCGCCACGGUACCCGACCUGCGCGCUGGUGCUGACGCCGACGUAUGCUGUGGUCUCGAGCUGUAUAUCCUUCAUACUGCCCUGUAUCGUUAUGAUCAGUAUAUAUUGCAGACUCUACUGCUACGCCCAGAAGCACGUAAAAUCCAUCCGAGCCGUCACCCGGACCGUCCAGCUGCCGGACAACCGGACCAAAUCCGUUCGGACACGUGUCCACACGCACGUACACUCGUCCCCGUACCACGUAUCCGACCACAAGGCGGCAAUCACAGUGGGCAUCAUCAUGGGCGUGUUCCUGCUGUGUUGGGUGCCUUUCUUCUGCGUCAAUAUUGUCGCGGCGUUCUGCAAGACGUGUAUCCCUGACUUAGCAUUCAAAAUCCUGACAUGGCUCGGAUAUUCAAACUCAGCGUUUAAUCCGAUCAUCUAUUCAAUAUUCAACACGGAAUUUCGUGAGGCAUUCAAGAAAAUCUUAACGUCGAGGUACCCCUUAUGCUGCGGGUACCAGAGCGUCAGAGCCAACACACCUACCAGAAACGAGAAUUUCGUCACGGAUUAUGGGACGAAGACUUUGGUAGUGAGAAGAAGUGGAUCGCUAGGGUUGUCAGGAGUGGACCCGACUCCGAGGUCCUCAGCGGACUCGGUCCGGCCUCUCAGGGACCACCACAUCUGACAAGAAGACGGGGGUAGCAACAACCAGCUACUCGACGGGAGCGAUGUGGUGUAGGGUUGCUCAACUUCCGAAUGUCCAUAUCGUGGAACGAAUUGUUUAGUCUCCAAGAGCUUCAGCUUUAAAUUUCAGUAUUAAAUUAUAGUGUAUAAAUUCUUUUUUACCACCAAAGUGUAUGUCUGAAGGUAGUUAGCCUACCCUAUUUCUGUUAACUCCGUACUGACACACAAAACCGGUUCCAAAAGACCUUUACAAAAAAUCGACCGAUUGUCCGUUGUCACGUCAAAUUUAAUAUUUAAUGCAAAAAAUUAAGAAUUUUUUUUUAAGUCAGUUUUGUCCAGCUGUGGGACACUAAAUUAGGCUAAAUGAAACGAAAAAUUCAGCUUUGGUGUUAUUUAUGAGGCAUAAUCUACUCGUCAACCGGUAAGCGAAAUUUGAGAUCUUUAUAAUCGGUUUUUACUAUUGGGUACAUUAUUUGAUUUAAUGUUAGUGUCUGAAAACUAAUAAUAAUUGUAUUUAUUAUGUUAGCUACCUAAUACUGUUGUUUUUAAUUUUAUAUUAAUUAAUAGUGCCAUUGUUAUAAUUUAAGUUACUAUUUUUACCAAAGUGUUUAAUACUGUUGAGACUCCAAUGUUUAUUAUGGUUUAAAAAUUCCUGUGAUACUUUUGUAAAUAAUCUUAGUCUAUUAUCAAUUAUGAAAUGUACAUACUUAUUUAAAGAGGUGAGCAAAUAUAUGAUAAAGUAUUAGGUUAUAUUGUAAGUUUAGUAAGCUGGAUGUUUUUAAUUCAUAAAAGUGGUAAGCGGACGUUAAAACAUCUUACCGCUUUGAAGCAGAGAUUUAGCGAAAAUUAUGUAUAGCGUUUCGUAAUUUUCUGAGCAAAAAAGAGUGUCCUCAUUUCUUAAUCCAUCGUCUGGCAAAUUCCAGCAGGGGACAUGUCUACUUGAAAUUUAAUUAAUUGACAUAAAGUUUCAAUUCCAAUGCCUUUGAAAUGAUGUAAAUGCCAGCUAUAAUACAAGUAUAUAAACAUGAUCCGGUGAUGUCGUCAGCUGAAGGGGGAUGAUGGAAUAAAACACAUUGAUUUUAAGGAUUGUAUAAUCGGGAAAAAUAUUUCAUACCGAACUAAUGAACUUCUUACCAAUGGUAAAUGUGACUUAAUAAAAUAUUACCAUAUAAAUGCACUCUUCGUACCGUAAUAGUCCAUAUGCUAUUGGUAAAAAUGUCGUUUACUUGCGUUAUAAACAUUGCGACAGUCUUAGUUUUUUUCUCCUUUAAAUUCGAAGCCUAUAUUUGUACAUAAGAAUUAAAGCUAUUGCUUGUUUUUAUAUUUUUCUUUUGAUAGUUAUAAUAACCAAUUUGAGGUCAAAUCUAUCUGUUUGAGAUAAAUCUUGUUUAUACAGUUAGUUGCUAUUAGCAAUUUAUGAUUAAAUAAUCAGAAUUAAAAAAUAUUCAAUACAAUAAGAAUAGAUUCCCUAGUACAAACAGCCUACGUAGUAAAACCGCCAUUGAUGUUGUAAAAUGCACUUUCUAAUAUUGUACAUUAAAUUAAUGAGCUUAUAAUUAAUACUCGUACCAAAUAUGACUUGCUUUAUAAUUAUCCAUUUACUGAAUUUUCAUGUAAACAUUUGAGAACGUUUCAAAUGCCGAAUACCAGGAAUAACUGUUUUAUUUUCGAUUCGGUUAAUUAAUAACAGAUAAAUAACACUAUAACGCAAUAAAUGAGUGUAUGUUGAGAAAUUAUAGAGUUAGUUUAAAAAUAUAUGAAAUAAGUGCUUAGAGUCAGACCAAGAUAUGUUGGCAGCGAUUUUGACAGCCCAGAGAGUGCAAGGGUUAUUUUAAACUUCAAAUUUCUAUGAAAUUAUGACGCUUACUUAACACUUACUGGUCUUCGUGGUCUUUGAUAACUCUUAAAAUAUUGCCACCGGGAUCAACUAAGACUAGAAAGUAUACCAGAUAUUUUCUGUUUCUUCCAGUUCCUCGUCAGUUGUUGUCUACGGAAGGUUGGACAACAUUAUGACGAUCUUUAUGAUUGCGCAUAAAUAAAUAAAAAAUAAAAAACAUUUUUUAUUACUUAAACGACGGCAUUUGAAACGUUCUAUUUUCCAGCAAUUCUUUUCACCGUUCCUCACUUUUCCAAAGUAAGCAUCUUAAUAAUGUCUCAAUUGCACAUUUUUACGACCUUUUAUUCAACUUUAUACUUUUGUUAAGAAAUAUUACUUACAAUUAGCUUUUUUUCCGCAUCUGGUUAUUAUAAACUAAUUAAAAUUAAAAAUUAUAUUCCCCGAAUAAGUAGAUACUUCUGGUUAUCAGUUGUAAUAAUGAUAACUUCAUGAUACCGAAAAACUAACAUUAAUGAGAGCCAAACACACACAUUAGUACAGUACAGUACUACCGAAUGGAGUGUUUUAAAUCGACACUAGUUGCGAAUUAUCUAUUUGCACGUGGCUCUUAAAAUUUUCGAUAUAUUCACAUAUGGUGCUAAAUUACCGCUGUAGGGGGGCGGUAAAGUAGCACCAUAUGUUUAGUAAAUUGUCUUACGAAUCACAGAUUACUAAACAAGCAUUUUUCAGUCUUAAACGGGUUUAAAUUCUAUCGUUUUCUUGGUUUUUGUUCCCAAAAAAUGUGACGGAGUGAAGCUUUAUGUAUGAGAUGAAAUUUAGUUUUAAUUUUUCUCGUGUUAUAUAGCACUCUUUUUUUAUUUGAGAGAAAACACAAAUAUAAGCGUGAUAGAGUGAUCAGAAACAAGGCAACGAAAAUAAUUUUGAACCAAGCAAAUAAUACCAUGUUCGGUAUGGUAGGCAAUGCUAAAUAAGGAAGUUUCGGGCCGUACACUCAAUCCAGAUUUAUAUAUCUUCCGCUUGUCUUAGGACGAAAUAAAUGGAAUAUUGACGUGAAACAAUUCGAUAGUAUGGAAAAAUAGCUGCAAAAAUUUCCGUCCCGCCAUAUCAAUUACGAUAUCGUUUCGUGGAAACUUUCAGUACCUACUCGUAUUAAAUUGAAAAUUUUGUUUUGUUCUUCGUUUGUACCAACGUUUUUUUAACUGAGGUACUUGAAAAGAUAAAAAAAAUAUUACAACAAAUAUAACUACACUGCUAAUGUAUUUAAAAAUCUUUACAUCGAUGUCAUAGUUUUAGAAACAGAUUAGAAGUUGGAAGAGUAUUGUUUAAGCUAAUUUUCAGUGUAAAUAGGUACAAUAUGACUACAAUACCGAGUUCUCCGAUUUCCCAUAUAAUGCACCAAUAUUUAUUAUAGCACACAGGGUGAUGUUUUAAUGUAGAAUAUAUUUUAAUUAAUGGGGAAAAGCGCUACUGAACUUUAUUACUUAAAAAUAUGUAAUUAUUAGAUUAAUAGCGAAUGUAAUAUAAUUUACAGUGUCAAGUAUUGUUGAUAUCGUAGGACAUAUCACGAUACCUAAGUUAUGUAAUCGUAACUACAGGGCUUACCUGGAAGGUAAGUCAGGUAAUUUAAAUUACAAGACUUAUCUUGAGAUUUCAAAUUUUACUGGGAAAUAAAAGGCUAAUAUCACCUGGAAGGUAAGUCAGGUAAUUUAAAUUACAAGAUUUAUCUUGAGAUUUCAAAUUUUACUGGGAAUUAAAAUUAUGUAAAUCUAGUUUAGUGUAAAAAAGCGAAGAUAGUAUUAUAUAUUUAGAAGCUGACUUAAGCAAUAUAAUUUAAAAGAGUUUUAUAACUGUUGUAUAUAAUUCGUAAGAAAGUUUUCAGAAAAUUAUAGCUUGGCUGUAGGAUUGUGUCAUUUGUUGUUAUCUGUGAGCAUAAAACCUAAGACAUAAUAAAAAAAAUAGCAUCUCUAUUUUUAUUGCUUACAACUAGUGAUGCAAUUUUUAUAUAGACUUUCAUACAACUCACUUCAAAAAUAAUAAGUUUUUGGAAAAAAAUCUUUUUUGGUACAAACUUUUGUCACUGACUGUACUUUUCUUACCACGGGCAAUUAAUACUCAUCGAGACAAUCCUAAAAACCCCAAACACAAUAAGGUUGCGUUGUUUCAUCACAGAGUUCCUAUGGUCACCUCCUCCAGAAAGUACACAGGAGAUCCUCAGGACUCACUAAACCUAAGCGAUCACGCAGCCCAUUUGGUGUAAAAUAUAGAUAUUUGGACAGCGACCACAAAUUGUAUUAAUGUCAUACGACUAAAUAAAUAUGGCCACCUCCUGUCUCCAUCAUCAGAUCAGCUCGAUGGUACCAUAAUUUUGCAUUGUCACCAGACUAACAUAUGUUUGCAAAUUUUCAGCUCAAUCGGAUAUCAGGAAGUGGUUGAAAAAUGGUUUGCAAGAUUUGAAAAAAAAAGUUAGUUACAUACGAACAUGUCAAACUUGUAAUAAAAAGAAAAAAGUUAAGUGAAAAUCUCCGAAUUACCAUAUUUUAGACCAUAAUGAGGCGAACCAACGAGAAAACAUAUUUUUUAAAAGCUAUUGUCUCCAAUCAUUUUCUUGCAUUGGAAAUUUAAAAAAAAACCUUUUCAUAAAACAUAGUUCAAUUUUAAUAGUACAAGCUUUCAUAUCUACUGUAGUCUAAGAUCACACUUGACGGAAACGAUGUAUAAUUAAUGUAAUAGGAAAUAAUAAUUCUAUUAUUCUAAUAGAUGUAUCCGGCCAAAGUUUCAAUCCAAAAUUAUUUUAAUAGAUACAUCCACAUUCAGUCAGAAAGGUCUUAAUUUUAUGUAUUUCCAGCAAAUCUAAUGCCUGGUUUUACAAACUAAAAAAUAACUUUUAUUUUGUUAAUCCCCAUUUUCCAAAUAGGCUACUAACUAAAUAAUAUUAUAGCUACACAACUAUCAACCCAACCAAAUCGUAGAAUAUAAGGUAAACCCACUAUCACAUUAGCAUGUUCAUGCGCUUAAAUUUCAUUGUUUUCCGAUACAAAUAGGAAUCGGAAAUUGUGAAUAUGAUACGUGCCGAGAUUUCGAUUUAAAUAAAAUAAAUGCGACAUGAAAUAAAUUCACUUAUCAAUAUUGUUUCAUGGAAAAAUUAUAUUUAUUCGAUCGAUCCGUUUUCCAAUUGUUUUUUAAUCAACCUGUAUCUACUCGUAUUGCAUACAACUUUUGUAAAAUGUUCUGUUGAAGGUAAAAUAUAUUAUGAAUUGGUUAGAUAUAAUGCAGUGUUAGUCAUAAUUUAUAAAUUAUAAAUGUUUAGCAGCUUCUUGAGCCCUUGAUGGGUUAAACCAAAGCUGGCAUUUGGUAUGUUAAUCUUAAGGUUCUAGUCGAAAGUAAAUAUAUUUAAAAGAC